AUGGCCAACCACCUCACCAUUGAGGACGCCUUCAGUCUUGAGGUUCGCGCCGAUUACACGAGCAUCAGCGAGCUGGACAACGGCGGCUGCCGCCCGUAUAUCCUCUUCUUCGCCCGCGGCACUAGCCAGGCUGGCAACGUCGGUGACAACCCUGGCCCUGCCCUCAUCGACCUCGUCAAGGCCGGCCUUGGUGCCGCCAACGUCGCCGGUCAGGGUGUCCCCUACUCUGCGUCUCUCCUUGGCAACCUCGCCUCUGGCGGUGCCCCUUCCUCCGAGGCCAAAGCUUUCGCCGACCAGAUCACCGCCGGCGCGGCCAAGUGCCCCAACUCGGCCAUCUUCGUCUCGGGCUACUCGCAAGGCGCCGCCCUCGUCCACCGCGCCGUGUCGCAGCUCUCGACGGCCGUCAAGAACCAGAUCAAGGCGGCCGUCACCUUUGGCGACACCCAGAAGCAGCAGGACGGCGGCAAGAUCCCCAACUUUGACGCCUCCAAGACCCUCAUCAUCUGCCGGUCCGGCGACCUCGUCUGCAGCGGCACCCUCAUCAUCACCACCGCCCACAGCAACUACGCCCCGCUUGCUCCCCAGGGCGCCGACUUCAUCAUCAGCAAGGCAUGA